GCUGAGCAGAGGGAAUAGGGAGUGAAGAGAGACACUGACAGGGGCAACGCUGUCAAGCUAAACAGUGCAUCACAGAAGUGAGGCAGAACAUGAAACACGAAUUCUGGCAAGUGUUUUGCUUUUCGCGUUUUCCACUAGAAAAGAACAGAUCUUCUCAUAGUGAUAGGAGUGGUCCAGGAGAGAGAAGGGAUCAGAUGCAAGAGAAAGAGGGAUGCAGUGGGGGCCUUGAAAACAUGGAGAGCCAUGGGAGUCCUGGCACAAAGGUCAUGGGACCAAGGGGAGAGAAAGAGAGACUAUGGCAGAGCCACAAGGAAGAGCAGGAUGAGCUGAGUGGGGGUGGCAAUUCUCUAUCCCUUCCCUCCACUAAAGGAUAGUGCUAUUGCUGGUCUAUAGCGAUGGGUAAUGAAAAGCCACUGAUGAUGAAGCUGUGACACUGAGCUUGUGAGGCUGUGAUGCUGGGGGCGAGCAGCAAGGACACAAGAGGAGCAUCACAGUGGGAGCUGAGCUCAAGGAUGGACACUGCAGAGACCUCAGCCGGCUGCACCAGGCUCACCUCUGUGAGCUCCUGGGUGCCUGAGUGCAUAGCCCACCACGGCUCUUCUUGAACUUUCUCGGGGCCUCUUCCAGAAGCCCACAGAACUCGAAUGAGAGCAAUCCUUUCACCUGCCUGGACAGCAGCGACGCAGAAGGGACGGAAGUUCAGAGCUCUGUCUGUGGUGAAGUCCUUUAACCACAAUUGUAAAGCCACUUUAUUCAGUAUAUGAGAAGUCUCUUUCUUUCUUCCUGUCACAUAGACAUUUAUAUCUGAAUCAUCUACGUGACAAAAAGUCUUUGCUAAAAGAAGCCAGGAACCGUACCUGGGCAGACACCAUGCGGUGUACCAGUAGGAGCUGCUUCCUAACCUCAGCAGGUGUCAUGCUCUUGUGGCUCUUCAUCACUCUGCAGAUCCCCAAGGAGACUGAAGAUAGCCGAGAUGUGAUGACUAUGAAAGGCCAAGAGACCAGUUAUGACAGUAAGAACUUUAAGCCACUGGAAGACUGGCACACCAUCACCUUGAAAUAUACACAAAAACUCCAGAAGAAAAGGAAAACGUGGCUCACGGUGGGGAUCUCCGCGGUGUCACGACAGGACCCAAACAGCCUCUUGUACACGCUGGCCUCCCUGUACGGCUCCUCCUCCGCAGCCGAGCAGAAGCGUCUCACGGUGCUGGUGCACCUGGCAGAUUCUGACCUCGCCUGGCUCAAAGACACUACUGCCCGAAUCUCCAGCCUCUACCACGCGCACAUCUUGGCAGGGCAGCUGCUGCUGAUCCACGCUCCGCCUGAUGCCUACCCUGCCCAGGUUGGCGAAGGCCACUCUAAACAGAACGUAGACCACGCGUUCCUGAUGAGCUUCGCCGCGAGGCUCUCCGACUACUUCCUGUUAAUAGGGGAGGGUGUCUUUUGUGCCCCCAACUUUGUCACACACAUUUAUUCCAAGGUGAUGACCCUGAAUCCCAGUCCAUGGGCGCUGCUGGAGUUCUCGAAUAUGGGCACCACUGGCAAACUCUUCCAUAGCAGGGACCUCCCUGUGCUGGCCCACUUCCUCCUCCUCUUCCACGGGGAGAAGCCCCUGGACAGGCUGAUCCUUCAUUUCCGCACCCUCCUGGUCCAGGAAAAUCAGAUCCUCAGCAAACCAUUCCUCUUCCACCACAGGUUGUCCCACCCCACCUUGCAUGACAAAAAGGACACAGUAGUUCAGAAAAAGAACCCUUACGGUCCUAGCAACCCCCCUGCAUCUGUCUUUACGGAUAUGGUCAUUUCUGAUGCUCACUUCCCCUGGGAGGCCUACACCCUGGACGAGUCAUUCUUCUGGACAAACAGCAUACACAUAGGGAACCACUUGACAGUGGUUUUGAACCACCCAGCUAGGCUGAGCAGAGUGCAGGUGAUGACAGGCUCCCUCGUGGAAGGAAAGUACGCUCUAGCAAAGGGGCAGGUGGAGCUGGGCUAUGGCCCCCAGAGGAUGCCUCAGGACUGUGCCAGCUUCGAGCUGCUGGGCUGGCUCUCAGAAGGGCAGAUGGACCGGGAGCUACUGCAGGAAAGUGCAGCGGACCCCGUGAGCUGUGUGAGGCUGGUGGUGAAAGCCAACCAAGCUGGUGGUCUCAUGAUCAGGCACAUCUACCUCUGGGAGAAAAAUGCCACGAAGGAGAAAACGGAUCAGAGUUGAUGGUGAAAUCAGUAAGAGUACACAAAAUAAAAUCAAGAAGCUGUUUUGUUGUAGUCUGGAUGAGUGACGUAGAGGAGGUACCAGGGAAUGACAGGCAGAGAGAAGACAUUCUUUUGGUGCCCGCAAGAUGUUAGAAGCCUCAUUCCUUUUUCCACCUAAACAGGCAACUCUACCAUGCUACCUUUCAUUAGGGAAAGGCCUUGUUUACUCUCAAGAAUCUUUAGACUUUUAUGAUACUUGAAUCAGCCAGAUAGACCCAAGUACAGUGUACAGUGUACUGUGUGUGUGCCUGUGUGUUUGUGUGUUCACACAGAGAGCUAGGGGUGAGGUUUAAGGUGGUAAGAGGAAGAUGAGUGAGGAAAUCAUGGGGAGUCUUAAGAAACGACAUCAUAGGAAGCCAAGAAAAGGAUUCUCAUUAGAAAUUGAACUCUCUGAAGUUCAGGAAAAGAGCAAAAGAACCCAUAGCAAUAAAGCUAGAUCUUUAUCCUUUUAAACUGCUUCAUAGUGCUGCUCUGGUUCCCUCCUUUCUUCAGCAACAAACUUGGGCAAUAGUGUGUAACUAAAGCUUCCCUUUUGAUUGGUAAUUCAAUUUGUAAGGUCCCCCAGCUUGCUGCUUCGUACACUAUGCUACUGAAACUCUUCCCUGCUUGUAAUGCCCAAAAUAGUCAAAAUCCAAUGGCAUUUUUCAAAUUUCAUUUUUCUUGGUUCUAUGUAGCAAUA